AUGGCCGAGCCGGCCGCGGGCGAGGACGCGGGCACCGGGCGAGAGAUGCUCGGCUCGGCCCCGGUCACCAUCGUGGUCACGUCCGAGGCCGACACCUGGGACAUCGACACCUCCUCGUGCCGGGGCCGCGGGCCCUUCGUGGACUGGGACAAGAUGCCGGAGCCGCGGGGCCCGGCGCCGGUGCCGCGGGACGUGCUGGGCAGGCCCCCGAAGGAGCUGAAGCGGCUGGCGAGGGAAGGCUGCUGGGCCCGGAGCCACGCGGGCCGGGCCCGGCUCUACCCCCGGCUCAUCCAGCGCGUCUCCUGCCGCCUCGUCACGCCCGACGCGCCGGCCUACCGCGACGUGGCCGGCCGGCUCUUCGGGAAGCGCAGCGUCAGCUCCCACCCGCUGCCCGAGUUCCUGGAGGGCUGCCCCGUGCCCACCUACUGCCUCAGCCCGCACGGGGUCACGGCCCUGAAGAAGAUCCUGGUGUGCGUGGGCGCCCUGUUCCCCGACAUCACGCACAGCCCCCUGCUGCCGGCGCUGGCCGCGCUGCUGCUGCACUACAGCGAGGACGAGGCCCAGUGCUUCGAGAGCCUCUCGCGCCUCAUCGCCAGCAACGCGCCCCACGCCGCCUACAUCGACCAGUCCUUCCUGGCCCACCAGGCCUCCUGCAUGACCUUCGGGGACCUGGCCAGCAAGCACUGCCCGGCGGCCCACAAGCUCAUCGCCGGCGCCGCCGACAACGUCCUCGAGGUCUACUCGGAGUGGCUGUCGUGGCUCUUCCCCGGGCUGCCCUUCGGCUACGCCGUGCGCGUGCUGGACGUGUUCCUGCUGGAGGGCCAGAAGGUGCUGUACCGCAUCGCCCUGGCCCUGCUGAAGCAGUUCCGGCUCUCGGCGGCCCCGGCCGGGCUGCAGGGCUCCGACGUCAAGGCGGAGCUGCAGGCUUUCGUCAGGAACAUCGCCGAGCACGUGUCUGCGGACAAACUCCUGGAGAGAGCCUUCGGCAUCCGCCUCUUCUCCCGCAAGGAGAUCUGGCUGCUCCACAUGGCCAACAGGAAGGCCUUGGUGGAGAGGGGCAUCACCGUGGUGCAGAGAAGGCCGUCCUUCCACCUGGCCGUGGACAUGCAGAAGUUCAGCUCCAGCACUGUCACGGCGCAGGAGAUGCGCCUCGUCUGGUCCUGGAUCCCCGAGCGCUUCUCGCUCUUCCCCCCGCUGCUGCUCUUCUCCACCUCCGAGGACGGCUGCAGCCUGCAGAGGUUCUACACGUGCUGUGAAGGCUACGAACCCACGGUGCUGCUCAUCAAAACCACCGAGGGGGAGGUGUGUGGGGCGUUUCUCUCCUCCGACUGGGCCGAGAGGAAGAAGAGCGGAGCCACCUCGGGCUUUUUUGGGACAGGAGAGUGCUUUGUGUUCACUGUGCGCCCCGAGGCAGAGAGGUACGAGUGGGUGCUCAUCAAGAAGCCGGAGCUGGCCAAGGCCGUGCCGCGCCCCCGGCAGCGCUCGCCUUCCCCCGCUCCCGAAUGCCUGCCCGGCUCGUCCCGGGACAGCCACAGCCCCAGGCACCUGGCCGUGCCCUCGCCGCAGAGGAGAGGCCGCCUGUCCCCGUUCCUGGCCACCAGGCACUUCCUGCUGCCCUCCGAAACCGCGUCCAUGUUCAUGUCCGGCUCCCGGGACGGCAUCGUUAUCGGUGGAGGCGGAGGCCAGGCGCUGGCCCUGGACGCCAGCCUGCUCCGGGGGCGCACGGAGCGCUGCGAGACCUUCGACAACGCCCCGCUCUGCCGGGAGAACUUCCAGGUGCAGCUCUUGGAGGCGUGGGGCUUCCAGAGCGCGUAG